AUGCUGUUGGCGAAGGUCUCAGGCUUCCUGAGCCCGCAGCGUUCCGCUCAUCGCGUCGUCAAUAGCUGCAACUACUUGCCGAUUUACUUGGUCUCCUGGCUUGAAGAGGAAGCGCAGUUGACGCCUCCUCAGGCGCUGAGCAUCUCAGCCUUAGCCAAGGUGGUGCAGAUGCUGAUGACCUUCCCAGCAUCCUUUGCCACCGAUCUCUUCGGCACCACCAAGGUCAUGUUGCUGGGUGGCUCGUCUGUGGCUGUGGCGGCAGUCCCGCUGCUUUGGUUGACGAUGGCCUCCAGCACUGUAGGGCUUUGGCCAGCCUUUCUGAUUCUUGGAGUCUUCUUACCAGUGCUGAUCUCCAUCUACCUGGUCCCUUCGAACCUCUUCAUGACCGCUGUCUUCCCAACUCUUCUGCGCGCCAGAGCCUGCGGGAUCUGCCUGGGACUGGCCUCGAUUACUGGUGGGUUGACGCCCAUGAUCGCCUCUCAACUCGCCCAAGAAGGACGGCUAUGGCCAGGUGCAUUCAUCUCCUUCCUCACGCUGCCCUCCCUAGCAGUCUUGCUUUGGAGCCGCCAGAAGGGCCGUUUGGCUGUCUAUCAAAGGCCAUGGCUCUUCUGA